GAUCAAAUAUCUCACUGUGAGGUAAUAAAUCCACUUACGAUUUCAAGUGAUCUUAUUGCCUCAUAGUGAGGUAUUAAAGACAAAUCCUAAAAAUGUUGCGGAUUUAUUAACUUCAAAUGAAGACAAAAAUCCCACACUCAAAUGAAAGUGAUUUUUUUACCCGCACGUGAAAAUAAUUAUUUCACCUUAAAUUUUAAUUUUGUCUAAGAGGACUUAUGGUCUUGCGUUGAAAAUAUUAAGACCACUUGAAAAAUUAAAAUUUUAUAAGUGGCCCUAUUGUCUCUCCGUGAUUUUUCAUUUUUCGGGUUUAUUAUCCUCUAGUGUUGUGGACUUAUUAUUUUUCGGUGCAAUUGUCUAGCCCCUUAAAUUUUGUUCUCAAAAUAAAAUUUAUUUUAAUCCAAAAUACCAAGAUACCAAAUCUUUCUUGAUCAUAAUCAUCGAAAACUAAAAGCAACUACUUGAAUGGCUGGAAUGAAAUCCGAAUCGGGUAGUAAUAGAAAAAUUAUGUUUUUCAUCAAGCCAUUUUACAGAAAAUGUUAAAUUUGAAUUUAACAAGUUUGAAAAGAAUCCUUAAAACUUUUCAACGGUUCCCAAAACAUUUGAGACAAAGCACAAAUUUAAGGAUGAUUUCUGAUGAUAACUUGAAGGAUUUAUGUUCAAAAUUUGUUUCAGCAAAUUAUCUCAACAUCGCGAUUGAUGCCAGAAAGCAACGUGAGAACAAGAUCAAACAAAUACUUGAGAAGAGAAAAAUUCCAGAAACUGGACUAGAAAAUCAUGAGAUUGAGAUGCUAGUAAAUGAGCUUGCUUCUAUGGACUCUAACAACUUCGGAAGUAAAUAUGGAGUAGGUGAACGUGAAGGUCGUAUAAUCUGUGAUUUGGUUAAAAAGAGAAACUUUAAUUUUGGACAUGGCAUUGGACGAUCCGGUGAUUUAGCAGAAAAUCAGCCAAAAGCUACUGGAUCAAGCAUAAUGAAUAAAUUAACUAAUGAGUUAUUACUGGAUCUUGUUCAAAUGGUCGGAAUCAGGAGUGCAAAGAAAUGUUUAUUAUUUCCAAUGGCAACAGGAAUGACAAUGAUGCUCUCUUUAUUGACAUUUAAAUCUCAAAGACCCGAUGCAAAUAUCGUAUUAUGGUCCAGAAUAGAUCAAAAGUCAUGCUUUAAAUGUAUAUUGACAGCAAAUUUACAUCCAAUUAUUAUUGAUUCAAUAAAAGUUGGUGAUGAACUACAGACGAAUGUGAAGGAGUUUGAGAAUCAAAUCAACGUGUUAGGACCCGAAAAUAUUGUUUGCAUAAUUUCAACAACUUCCUGCUUUGCACCUAGAGCAUGCGACGAUGUUGAGACAUUAGCUAAGUUGUCAAAAACAUUUAACAUACCACACAUCAUCAAUAACGCUUAUGGCUUACAAUCCUUUUAUCUCACACACCAAAUUGAACAAUGCCAAAAAACUGGUAAUGUAGACUUAGUUAUCCAAUCGACAGAUAAGAAUCUCUUAUGUCCUGUUGGAGGCUGCAUUGUGUUUGGUUUUAACGAAAAAGUGAUUAAUGAUGUAGCAAAAAAUUAUGCCGGCAGAGCUUCGUUAUCACAGACAUUGGAUGUUUUUAUGACACUAUUACAUUUGGGACGAGAAGGCUACACAAAAUUAGUAAAAGAGAGAAAGAAUUUGUUUGAAUACUUGAAAGAGAAAUUCAAUGAUGUAGCCGCUAAGCAUAAUGAAAGAAUUUUACAAUCACAGAAGAAUCCAAUUUCCUUGGCGAUGACAUUAGAAAGUUUUGAUGAUUCAAAAUUGACAAUGAUCGGAUCUAUGCUGUUUACUCGUUGCGUAAGUGGGGCUCGUGUAAUAGCACCAAAUGAAAAAAAGACUAUUGAUGGCUACGAAUUUCUUAAUUGGGGAUCUCACAAUUCAAACAAUAACAUUCCAUACAUUACUGCAGCCGCAAGCAUUGGAACUACAAAGAGCGAAAUUGAUGGAUUCAUCGAUAAACUUGACAAAGUUCUAUUGAAAAUUAAAAACAAUGAAAGCUAAGCUUAGUGUUGAUAUUUGCUCUGUUGAGGCCAAGCCUUUCCGUUUUUAUUUUUAGCUACUUAUAUCAUACAUACAUGUGAUCACGAUGAAAAUUCAAAUAUAAAAGUAAAUUUUUAAUAAAUCAUUGUUGAAAUAAUGAUUUGAACCAAUUAAUAACAUCAAGUUCUGAAUCAUUUCUAUCGUCAUUUACAACAGAAGUUUUGGCAUUAUGGCAUGACUCUUCAUACAUGCUGUUUAAUUUUAAGAUAUCUUUUUCAGUAAAUCCAUCGCGCUGACCUAAUCUAGUGACAUUUUUCUUCGCGACAAUAGUUGCGUUACCGUUCCUUGAGAAAGCUUUUGAGCUGUAAUGCAUGAUUGAAUCAUAGUCAUAUCCUAUACCAUAAUCAGUAACGAUACUCGAAUUAUAUUUCUUAAAAUUCCCAGCAUGACGAUUCUCAAUGUUAUCCCACAAAAUUUCGACAUAUUCAUCACGAUCCGAAGAACUUUGUUGAUGGUAAAAUCCAGCAGCAUGGAGUAACUCGUGCUGAACAACACCUUUCC